CAUCUGGCCUUGUUCGAGCCAGUAUUCAUCAUAGCAUGAACUCAGGUGGUCCUAUAGACUGUACCUAGGCUCUAGUUUAAACUAAACACGAUUUUAGAAUGACGAUCAAGUGAUUACUAAUUUAAAAAUGACGCAGAAUAAAGUGAUUUUGAAGAUUGUGGUGGAUUUCAUUGUCUUGGCAUGUGUGUCAUUUCCCCUACUGGCCCUAUCUCUAUGGGCCGAGCCCUACCACCGCGGGUACUUCGAGGAUGACCUUUCUAUCCGGCUGCCGUACAAGGAACAGACGAUAUCUGAGGCGGUCUGUGCGGCUAUUGGAUUCGCGAUUAAUGUUGUCACGAUAAUAGCCAUAGAAGUGUACCGGGACAAGAAGGGUAAAGGCGUAGGGGAGAAGUUCCUCUGCGGCCGGGUGCUCCCAGGCUGGGCGUGGGACGCCUACGUGGCCAUUGGGGUCUUCACUUUCGGCGGCGCGUGUCAGCAGCUGACUUCCAACAGCGCCAAGUACGUCAUCGGGAGACUACGACCGCAUUUUUAUGAUGUAUGCCGUCCAGUCCCGACGCCCGGCUCUGCCCUCAACCAGCUCGGCUACAUCCAGGACUUCACGUGCUCCUCAUCAGACCAGGGCCGGCUGCAGAACAUGCGGCUGUCGUUCCCGAGCGCACACUCCAGCUUUAUCAUGUAUUCUGCUGUGUUCUUCAUUCUGUACCUGCAAGAGCGCGGCAAGUGGCGCGGCUCCAAGCUGCUGCGUCACGGCGUGCAGUUCGCGGCCCUGAUGCUCGCGUGGUACGUGGGCCUGUCCCGCGUGGUCGACCACAUGCACCACUGGAGCGACGUCGCGACGGGGUUCGCGAUCGGAGCAGUUUACGGGGUUUUAGUAUUCAAGUGCGUGCUAAAGCCGAAGAAGUACGGGCUCCCUGGAGGCGCCUGGAGCGACCCCGCGCAGCCUGAGAUGCUGCCGCGGCCGGCGCUCCGGUGACCCUCGCGGCACUCGGCCACACCACAUCCGGAGUCCACUAGACACGCGUCUACGUAAAAAUCACUACUUGGAAUCUACCUAGAUAAACAUCACUCCUUAGAAAUAAAAUAAACAAGGAAAGGAA